CUUCUGGAAAAUGCCAAACCGGAGGUUUGCGGAUGGCGAGGUGGUGAUGGGCCGUUGGCCGGGAAGUGUCUUGUACUAUGAAGUACAAGUGACUAGUUAUGAUGAUGUUUCUCAUCUUUAUACUGUGAAGUACAAAGAUGGGACUGAACUUGCGUUGAAAGAAAGUGAUAUAAGAUCCCAGUCAGCAUUCAAGCACAGGAAGAGCCAGUCCUCUUCAAGUUCUCCCUCCAGAAGAAGUUCUAGCAGAUCUCGAUCUAGAUCUCCUGGUCGGCCAGCAAAAGGCAGGCGUCGUUCUUCUUCUCAAAGCAGAGAACAGAAAGAUGACAAAAAGAAAACCAUCUCGGAAACCAACUUGGUUCUACUGAAACCAAGUGAGAAUAACACCAGAAGGUACAAUGGUGAACCCGACAGUACGGAAAGAAAUGACAAAUCCUGUGUAAUCGCAGAGCAAAAGUUGAAACCAGACCUGGAAAUCACACGUGUGCUUGAACAGUACAGCUUGCGUCCAAGAAAAGAAGAAAAGAAAAAAGAAGAGAUAUAUUCAGAAAAAAAGAUUUUUGAGACAAAAAAAGUAAUUGAGAAGGCAUCAUCAAAAGCAAUUGAGAAAGCAUCAUCAAAAACAAAAGAGCUAGAGUUUGGAGGAAGAAUUGGGACCUUCACACUGAUAUUUUUCCUGCCUGCUACUGUACUCUACUUGCUGUUGAUGUGCAAACAAGAUGACCCCAGUCUUAUGAACUUCCCCCCUCCUCUCCCAGCACUUCAAAGUCUUUGGGAGGCGAGGGUGUUUGGUGUUUGUCUUCUGUGGUUUUUCCUUCAAGCUCUGUUUUACUUACUGCCAAUUGGAAAGGUUGUAGAAGGCCUGCCUCUUUCAAAUGGAAGGAAACUGCAGUACCGGAUAAAUGGGUUUUAUGCUUUUGUUUUGACUGCUGCAGUUAUUGGAACUUUAUUAUACUUCCAGUUUGAACUUCAUUAUUUGUAUGAUCACUUCCUGCAGUUUGCAGUGUCAGCUGCAGCUUUUUCUAUGGUGUUGAGCGUUUAUCUGUAUAUUCGGUCCCUGAAAGUACCCGAGGAAGAACUGGCCCCAGGUGGAAAUUCUGGGUAUUUUGUGUAUGACUUUUUUACUGGACAUGAAUUAAACCCUCGUAUUGGCAGUUUUGAUCUCAAAUACUUCUGUGAGCUGCGUCCAGGAUUAAUUGGCUGG